GCGCCAGUUUAGAGACACUGCAUCAGCGUUAACAUGGACACUAGCGGCAUUAUUCCCGAUAUUAUUGACGAGAAGCCAAAGGCUCGCGCUACCGUCAGCUACCCCUCGGGUGUGCAGGCUGAGCUCGGCAAUGAGCUGACGCCUACACAAGUAAAGGAUCAGCCCACAGUCAGCUGGGAGGCUGAAGCUGGCGCUCUAUACACGCUGAUGCUGGUCGAUCCUGAUGCACCAUCUCGCGCUGAUCCCAAAAUGCGCGAAGUGCUCCACUGGGCUGUUAUCAAUAUUCCCGGUAACAAGGUGUCUGAGGGUCAGGUGCUCGCCGAAUUUGUUGGCUCUGGUCCUGGUGAGGGCACUGGACUGCAUCGCUACGUGUUCCUGGUCUUCAAGCAAAACGGCAAGAUUACCAGCGACAAGUUCAUCUCCAAGACCACGCUGGAGGGUCGCCUUAAUGUUAAGAUCCGCGACUAUAUUCUGAAGCACAGUUUCAGCGCACCCGUGGCUGGCAACUUCUACCAGGCGCAGUAUGAUGACUAUGUGCCCACCAUUCGUGCUCAGGUCAAAUAAGCAUAUACAACUGAAAGAAAAUGAGAAACAAAAGUUAUCUUUACAUUAAAAUAUGAAAUCAAACUUAUA